UGAGCAAGAGACUUCCGGUUUCAGACGGUGUCGUCAACUUCGUCUUAGUUUUUCGUCAGUUUAGGACUGUUUAGAAAUCUUCAAGAUGGUCUUCUACUUUCUGAGUAACGUCGUUGACCCGCCCAUGAAGAUUUAUAUGGGAUUGGACAAGUAUGAAAAUGAAGAGUUACUGAGAUGGGGAUGGCCAGAAGAUGUUUGGUUUCAUGUUGACAAGAUGUCCUCCGCUCACGUCUACCUCAGGCUGCCGAAGGGUGAGACAAUAGAGUCCAUACCAGCUGCAGUUUUAACAGACUGCGCUCAGCUGGUGAAGGCUAAUAGCAUUCAAGGUAAUAAGGCAAACAACAUCAGUGUGGUGUACACACCUUUCUGUAACCUGAAGAAGACGGCCAACAUGGAUGUGGGACAGGUUGGAUUCCACAAGCAGAGAGAGGUCAAGGUGAUUGCAGUAGAGAAGAGACUAAACGAGAUCGUCAAUCGACUGAACAAGACGAAGCAGGAGAGCCAGCCAGACUUGAGAGCGGAGCGGGAGGAGCGCGAUGCGGAAGAGCGACAGGACGCCAAGAAGAAGAUGAAGGAACAGAGGGACCAAGAGAAGGAGGAGGAGAGGAGAAGAAAAGAAGAGGAGGAAAAAAGGAGCUACUCAAACUUGAUGAGGGAGGAAAACAUGACAUCAAACCAGAAUGUUAUGGAUGAUGAAGACGACUUCAUUUAAAAAAGAUAUGUCCUUCAGUCUUGACAAGAUGACCCAGAGUGCUCCUUCUGCGGUGUGACACCAAAGUAGCUAAAUACACACCAGACGUCUGCUGCCCAGAGAGCUGCUGCAGUACCAGACUUGGUCACAAGGAGUGCAACAGGUGGUUGAACAAUGGACUGUGAGCAUGAAAGACUAUGCUUGACAACAUGGGAGUUGCUACGAAUGUAUUUGCAGCUUGGCCAACACGGCAUAUCAUCCUGGUACCACUCCACUGGUAUUUACUCACUUUACAAGGGAAUGGGCAAGUUUCAUGAACUGUUUUUACUUUGGCAGGUUUGGCUCAAAGGUUGGACAUAUCCUAUAUGAAGUUGCUAUAAUAGUAGAUGCUCAGUCUAUCUCAGAUUAAAGCAAAAUGACAAUGUUGGAUUUUGGCGAAAUAAACCAAGAUUAUUAAGAUUUAGCCUUGCCCAGAUAAAAAAUCAUUUGGAGAAAACAACAGGAAGCUUUUGCUUGCUUACCCCCAUGUUGGCAACACAACAACCAAAGGACAGUGACUUUGUUAGGUAUACAACAGCUAUACAUACAAACAAACCAGUGGAUACAAAUGAACUUGCAAGUAUAAAGAUGUCGGGAGAUAUUAUUAAGUUAUUAACAUUAGCUAUUUAAAGAAUAGGCUAAGUUUAGUGUAUGUAAAAUCAGUCGAAAACAUACAUUUGUUUUAAAGCAAUUCUUGAAUAUGCAUUUGUCCUUUCUUAGUAUGUUACGUUGUUGAGAGGAUAGCUUAGCUGAAAUUCUCUUUUGUCAAAGUAAUAAAGUAUUUCAUAUUGGUAUGUAGAGGUAUACACAAAUGAUAAUUACGUUGUAUAUGCAUCCGGGAAAAUGG